AUGCUGCCGAUCCUGCGCCACUCGGCGCGCAGCUUCUCGUCCGCCGGCAUCAAGCGCGCCAAGCCCAUCCGCGUCAAGAAGAGCGAGGCGCGGCGUGUUGUUCCGGACGCGCCAAAGCUGAGCAACGCGCUGACGGAGGCGCCCGCCCCGCCGCCGCCGGCGAACCCGUUCGUGCACUCGGAGCAGCAGCCCCCGCAGACCUUUGGCGGGGUUAUGAAGGAGAGUUUCCUGUGGGGUAUGGGCAUGGCCGUCGCGUUCUCGGUUGUCGGCAUUGUUUUCAGCAGCAUGGAGGAGGUAUGA